CAGAGCACAGGAGGAGAAACACAGGUCUAACCAGAACCGUGACUGUGCAGCUUCCAGCGCCCGAGACUCGGCAUGAGCCCCCGGUAAAGCGGCUCGGCGGCCCCGUAGUGCCCGUGUUUAGUCCCGACGGGCCGAGACCCAGAGAGCCAUGCUGGCUCCCCGCUGCACAUCUGGCCGGCUCCCCGCCUGCUGGGCCACCGCCGCGCUGCUGCUGCUGCUGUCGGCGGGCACCGUGCGCUCCUCCCAGGGCGACAAGGAGCCGGUCUACCGGGACUGCGUGAAGCUGUGUGUCCGGACCAACUGCACCGGAGCCCGGCUGCGGGGCUUCCAGUCCGCGCAGCCGCAGUACAUGGCGCUGACAGGUUGGACAUGCCGUGAUGAUUGUCGUUAUCAGUGCAUGUGGACCACUGUGGGUCUUUACCAGGCAGAGGGGUACAGGGUCCCUCAGUUCCACGGCAAGUGGCCAUUUGCGCGCUUCCUGUGUUUUGAGGAGCCGGCAUCUGCGCUUGCAUCUCUGCUCAAUGGCUUGGCCUGCCUUCUCAUGCUGCUGCGCUACCGGAGCACGGUGCCACGCCAGAGCCCCAUGUAUCACACCAUCAACGCCUUCUCUUUGAUAUCCCUGAAUGCCUGGUUGUGGUCCACGGUAUUUCACACCCGGGACACCUAUCUCACUGAGAAAAUGGACUAUUUCUGUGCAACAGCAGUCAUUCUUUACUCAAUCUACCUUUGUUGUGUCAGAACUUUAGGUUUGAGGCGACCUGGGGUGUCCAGCAUAGUGGGAGUCGUGCUCAUCUUGGUCUUUACAGCGCACGUGUCCUACUUGACCUUUGUCAGUUUUGACUACGGCUACAACAUGGCUGCCAACGCCACUAUCGGCAUGGUGAACCUGCUGUGGUGGCUGUGUUGGUGCUGGCAGAACCGCCGAACUCUCCCUUACUGGUGGAAGUGCGGCCUGGUGGUGAUGCUGCUUCAUGGACUGGCCCUGCUGGAGCUGCUGGACUUCCCCCCGCUGCUCUGGGUCUUAGAUGCUCAUGCAGUUUGGCACCUCAGCACCAUCCCAGUGCACUUCCUUUUCUACAGUUUCCUCAUCGAUGACAGCCUGUACUUACUAAACACAGAGAAGAUGGGGGUUAAAGUGGAGUAGGAGGAGCUCAUCGCCUCUUCAUCAUGCCUCUACCUGCACACCUCUCCAAACAGGGCAGCUGAACACCUGAACACUGAAGUAGCUCAGUCUCCCAGAUGACAUGCAUGACACCACUGAUUUUCAUCAAUGUACACUUUGUUUACAUUCCUGAUCAUUUUUUGGUUGUUGUUUAGUUUUUUUUAAAUUUUGUAUUCGUUUUUGGUGUCAUGGUUAAUGUUUGUACUACUUUGCCUUGUACUGCCAUUUGUGCUACCUUUUGGUUUACUAUUUGUCACAACUGUAAUACUGGAUGCUGCAAUACAUGAUGAUGACGAAGGGUUAUUCAUCUCAUUGGAUCCC